CGAAACCUAUCUGCGAAAUAAAAGCGUCACUUGUAAACGUUUUUCCGUCAGUCCGCAGCACAACUCCUACAGCUCAGUAGUCCUGCGCAAUUCAAUUUCGGACAAUGGCUUUUAAUCAACAGUCACCUUUCUAUAACCCAAAGUUCCAGACCAAAAUGGUCUGUAGUUGAAGAAUCACCCAUAUACUAUCAGUACAUUUCAAUUCAUACAGAGAAUUUGAGAAAUGUAGCCUGGGACAACAAAGAAACAGGGAAUCACCACCGCACAGUGGACAGCUGAUGGUUUAUUGUGCCCACACCGAGGCUGCAUCCCAUAAUAAUGAUCAACCCACAGCCUCAAAUGUUGGUCUCACGGAAAACACAGCGAGACCAGCUUCAACAGCUCCAACAGCUUCUCCGAAUACAGCAGCUGCUGACCAGAGCUCCACGCACAGCAUUGUGUUCUUCGCACACACAUUACCGGAUAUUGUUAUGCACGAAGAACCAUUGAUGAAUGUUGGGUUAAUGUUAAAUUCAGUAGUGCAUUAAUGAACUUACUAAGCAAAGUCUUCACUAACAGAAAGUGGCUGGUAACUCUGUAUUACACUUGGCUGUUUUUAAUGAAAAUCUAUAAAACUUAUUUCGGAUGUGUGCAUUUCCUGUACACUAAAAUAUGAUUAUGAUAUAGGCUUAGGCUGCUCUAUGUACAGUAGGAAGCAUGUUGAGCAUAAAUUACAGGUAAUUUAGCAGACGGUCUUAUCCAGAGCAACUUACAGUGAAAUAACUACAGGGACAGUCUCCUUGCAGCAUCUCAGGGUUAAGUACCUUGCUCAGGGGCACAAUGGUGGCAGCCCUGGUAUUGAACUCACAACCAUCUGGUGUUCUGUUUGUUCUGCUAGACCACGAGAACAUCUCCACCCAUAUAUAUAGACCAAUAUCACAAAUGAAGACGCUUUAUACUAGCAAUAACAAGUAUAUUAGCAGUUAGAAUGAAGUCCUGUCCUUUGCAGAGAAUCCCCUUCACCGGAUCAAUCCAUGGUGGUCUGCAGGAGGGGAAGUCCAUCAGCAUCAGUGGACGAGUCCUGCCUGGAGCCGAUAGGUUCCAUGUGAAUUUGCAGUGUGGUUCCAGGACCAAUGCGGACAUUGCUUUCCACUUUAACCCACGAUAUGACAGCCACCCUGCUUAUGUGGUUACCAACACCUUACAGCAUGGCAGCUGGGGCUCUGAAGAGAGGAAGCACAGCUCUCCCUUCUCUGCUGGCUCCACCUUCAACCUCAGCAUCACAGUGUCCCGGGAUUCCUACCAGCUGAGCGUCAAUGGCUGCCACUUUAUGGAGUACAGACACCGUAUCGCUUUUCACCAGGUGGACACCAUCUCAGUGGGCGGGAAAGUAGAAAUUUCCAACAUUGACUUCCAGAACUCUAUGCCAGCAUUUCCUGCUCAGCCUGCAUUCGCUUCACAUGUAGCCUAUCCCACUCAGGCUUCCUUCCCGUCUUUUCCGGGGUAUCCACCCUAUCCUGGAUUCCCCUCGCAGCCAGUAUUCCCUCCUGCAGUGCCUGCUGUUCCAUACAACAACGUCAUCAGAGGUGGAUUCAAAUGUGGCAGGACCAUCACUAUCCAGGGGACUGUUAACCCCUGGGCCACGAGGUUCAGUGUGAAUCUUCGCCAUCCCUCUGGCAUCGCUCUGCAUUACAAUCCACGCUUCAACGAGAACUCUGUGGUUCGAAACACCAAGCAGGGGGAGCAGUGGGGCGCUGAGGAGCGCGGCGGAGGGAUGCCCUUCCACCAGGGGAAGCCUUUCACGUUGACUAUAUGUUGUGAGAAUCACUCCUUCAGGAUUGUGGCCAAUGGGAUGCAGACCCACACCUACGCGCAUCGUUUCACUCCCCUCCAACACAUCGGCACCCUGGAGAUCGAUGGAGACAUCAGUCUGACCUCUGUGACGUUGUAGAUCCACCACCUGUGGCUGCUCUCACAUAUUACAUACAACAUGGUUGCCCUGACAACAACCAGUGCAUUCAUUAAUGAAUGCAUGCUAAUUGAUAUUUACUGGAUACUUUAUAUUUACCUCCUGUGUAUUCAUACCACAAAUAAUUGAUAUUAUUAUAUGCAAUCAUAACCCAUAAUAACAGACUGAAUGCAGCUGACAAAGUAAAAAUGUCCAACUGAAGAUUUGUCUCACUGAGAGUCUCUAAAACAAUGAAUACUGUUGUAAAAUACAACUUCCUCUUAAUUGUGUAAACAUUGUGUUUGUGCAUUCAAAUAAAAUGAUAGUGUGGCAACAUG